UACAGACUCGUCUGUGCUCUGGGGAUCAUAAACUUCUUCAAACAACUGCAUAUGUGACUUUAUGCUGGGAAGGAGCUUUAUUGACUCUAGAGAGAGCAAGCACGUAAAAUGCAGAGCAUUUGUAAUCCAGAUCCAGGCCAAUUUAGAGGAGAUCUGUAAUGUUAUCAAUAAAGCAGGAGAAGGCUAUAAAUUAGCACAUGAUAAACGCAUUGAUGGGCUGGCAACUAAUCUAGACAAUGCAUUGAAAUGGUGUUAUUGAUGCCAGGCUGAAGUUGGCACAGCUGAGUGCUUUGACACUGGUCUUCCCUUGAUUUGGCAAUGGGAUUUUUGCGGACAUGGUCACCACCAUCCUGAUGGUUUCACAGAGAAGCCACGCUAUCUUCUUUGGAAAAGUGGGGCAUAAUAAUCAGCACUUGAGGAUGCUGCCUUGUCUGCAUUGUGCCAGACCUUUACUGAAGUGGCAUUGCAUUACUGUGGCUAAGCUGUAGCUGGUGUUAAUGUUGACUCCCUCUUCAGUUCACCAACAUCCCAUUUCUUUCUUAGCAGGAGUAAAAUAUCAUUUGAAAACGAAUGUGCUGCAUCUUUUCCUGCUUUCAAAGAUUAUUGUGGUGAUGGGGAAAAUAAGUGGCUUCUAAGCUGUACGUUUCCUAUUUGGCUUUUGCUUGGUUUUAAAAUGCUUUGGUUUUAAAAUGCUGUUUCCUUUCCCUUCCUCUUUGCUGAGCCAGCAUUCACAAAUCUUAGAAAGAAACCCUGCCCCCUUGAAAGACCCGUUCUCUCAGCAACACUGAGGAUAUUGCCAGGUAGGAGAUGUCCUUAUUCUUUUGGGGACUUGUCAUCAACUGUUGGUUGCACGUGAAGGUGUUGCAUGUCUUUGCCCUCUCUGACCAUGUUAGCUGGUUAGCACUGUGCAGAUCCUCUGUGUACAGUGUGGAGUGCUUUCCCAGGGGGUAUGUUUGCCACAGGGACCUCCUUUUCCAAGUUUGGAUUCCGUCCCCAGAAACAUAAGAAAAAACAGAAGAGCUACACGUGGACCCCAGGAUAAAGUAGAUUCCAGUGAGAAACUUGGGGAUUGUGUAAUUUUUACCUAUGUGUUUCUUGUAUUCAGUUUAAGAGUUUUUUAAGCAGUGCUCUCAGUAACAUUCCUUAGAGCCUUCCGGCACAGCAAGCUCUGGUGUUUACAGACAAUAAAUGCCUGUUCUGUGUAGAGGGGUGGGAGAAGAAAUUGGGGUUGGAAAAUAUUUCAUUGGCUUGUAUGAAAAACCUUAAAGCUGGUGCUGAGAAAAAAAUAAUUAUCUUUAAGUAAGCAAUUAGAUUUGGAGUACUAACACCCCAAAAGUAUUUCCAGCCAGUUAGUUCAGGGGUGCUCUUUCCACUCGGACUCUGACUUAGUUGAGACUCUGUGUUCCUCCAGCUGGCGUUUUGAAAAUGAGAGGAAAGAUGAAAGAAAUUUAUCCUGCCAAUUCCUCCGUGGUCCUUACGGUAGUAAGCUCAUCUGCACAGAUUUCUUAAUGUCUUGAGGCAAGCUCUCCCAUGGGCUUUCCUGAAGACCACACACAGACUUUCAAUUCUCUUGCGUUUUUUCUGUUAAUUGCCCAUCUUCUAACAAGCAGUCCUUGUGCUUAUCAAGGGUCACAAAUAACUUCUUUUGAAUAGCUCUGAUGUGCUUAGCUACAAGGAAAUUGUAAAUAGAAAGCUCUCUGUUGUGCCUUUUGCUCCUCACAACAUAUGAAUACUAUGAAAAAACAGACAAACUGGUCGGGCGUGUUGACUGCACACACACAUCUGAGGCUAUGUGUGAGCCCUUCACAGAGCCAUAUGAGUCCUGCAACCCUGCCCAAUUUGUGGAGGCUCCUACCAGAGACAACACAGUGAGUGCUUCUGAAGGCAAGUUACGUGCAUUCCCACAUGCUGUAUUCUUUAGUCAGAGACAAAUUCCUGCUUUUAUAUAAGAUGUUGGUUUUUAAGCUUUGCAUAAUUGUGUUCUGCAUCAUUUUGAUCUUGUGUGUUUUAAAAUUUUGCUUUCCUGGCCAAUGCAAUUUAUUACAAUUAACUUUUAAUCUUCUGUAUUGGUCUUGAUCGUCUAUUCACUUGAGAUGGGAAACAAUUAUAGAUCUUUGAAAUAGAUGUCCUACUUAGACUCAGCAAAAUAUCUUUAACAGCAUAAUAAGAGAGGUUUGAAAAUUAUAGUAACAACCUAAUGUGCAAACUUGGGAACUCUGUUCCUGAGCUGUGCUGUCUGCCAUUGAUACAGCUGGGUGCAAUAACUGGAAAAGGUACUGAGGAAUCAGGGUUCCUGUUGCUGGUUUGCUGUGUGACCAGAAACCAGACACACCUGGCUCAGUUUGUUGUGUAAAGACAGUCACCUAGUACCGUCUGAGAUGCCACUGGGUAUCCAAUACAUUGGCAGAUAUGGUACAGGGCAACUGGGAGGCUCAUACCCUUCCGUACCAAAAGCUAUGGCCAAACAGGAGCCCCAGAGAUAUCUCAAAGGGUGUUAGGUGCCUCUCUUCAGGAAACUGAAGUAGCUUUUGGUCUCCCUGUGUCUUGUUUUCUCCGUCAGUAAAGACUGUGAUGCUGGUUGCGCAGGGAUGUUGUAAGGCUUGACAUCGAAAAAUGCAUUUAAGACAACUUCGUAGGUUAUUUUCAGAAUACAGAAAGUCAGAGACUUUCCUCUGCAAGAGCUGAAUGGCCGGCAGGGUGAGCUUUCGGUUAGUUGUGCUGUCUGAACACACGGCCAAGGUGGACCAAAUCAAGACCAGCUCUGCGGCAGAGUGCUGACGCUGGUCGGCUGGUCCUGUCAGCUCUCGUUGGAGGGGUUUGUAACUCUGGGUUUGACCCUGAGGACCAAAAUCGGUCCCCCGCAGUAAGUUAUGGCUGAAAUCCCCACGCGUCGUUGGGGCACCUGAAUUUGUGGCCCUGGGGGGGCUGGAUGCAUGCUUCGACGUUUUGGGAAAGUCCACCAGAUGGAGCUCUUGUUUGAGGGAUAAAGCUCUGGCAGGCUCUGCAGAAGCUGAGAAAAGAGGAGAUAGACUUCGUUUUUCUUGCAUUGUUUCACGUAACGGGGUUGAAUUGAGCAAGCCUGACUUCCCAAGCGCUUGCUUUUAACAGGAAACGAUUGAUGCUAAAGAUGCGGAAAAAGGAAAUGUACAUUUGCAGCUAGAAGCGCUUGAAGCUUUCACUGAUGUUUUCAUUUUCUUCUUUUGCAGAAAUGUUUUAGCAUUUGCUCCCUCAAACAUUUCUGUCCCUUAGUAUGCUUCCCAUAUUUAAUUAGAAUAAUUGCACCCCUUAGCUAUUAAACCCAUAUAAAAUCAAAGCACCAGAAAACUUGCUUAAUGGUUUAGAGGAGAAAAACCACAUACAAUUGCAGCGUGAGAGGGAAAAGUAUCCAACCUUAAACUUAGUUAUCUAAAAGACAGCUAAUAAAACUUCGGAGCGUGACCAAGAAAGCAGAAUUAAGCGUGCCUUAGUCUGUUUUCUGAAAGAUGUAAUCUGUGAGUUCAGAAGUCCAGCUACAUGCCAUUGCCACCAGGACCGUACUCAUUUGGUAUGCAUGUCACCUCUCAGAUUUGUGCCUCAAAAGCUUUGAAAAACACAUUUUUAGAAGCAGUGUAAACACCCCAGCUCUAAGGACAUUCUGCUUGUCUUCAACAUGAGUAGUACGAGCACCGAUGAGAUUUGGCCCCUGCUCCACACAACGUGAGGUAGUAAUAAGCCACGUUCUUCGUGGAAAGCAAAAUGAAUGGAUAGCACUAAUUUCACCUCCUAAUGAGGCAGACAAGUCAUUGCAGCCCACCUCUGUUCUUUGUAACACAACGUAGCCAUCUUGACACAGCAUCAGGGAUGUCCUGGGGGUAACAUAAAGCUGAAUUUGACUCACUUGCUAUCGGAUUUAUUUUAAGCUCCACCAAAAAACAUGUUUAUACCGAUUGGCCUUGAGCUUCAGACAACGCAAAGCAGGCCUACUGCCUCAUGCCACGGGAUUUCUUGGUUUGUGAGAUGAAACACAGUCAGAUGAUCUUUCAUUCUAAAUCAUGUAGGAUGAGCUUCCCUUCAAUAAUGCCUUUAGAAGAACCAUUUUAUAGGUUGCCUCCCCACUCUUGUUGCCUGGAGCUCUCCUCCGCUCUGUAAUUGAAUGCCAGCACACAAAACAUCACUGGGAAUCGCUGGGUGCUACUGGAUAUACGUGGAUACGAAAAAAGCAGCAUAUGUGAGUUAAUGUAGCUGGAUGUGUACUUUUAAGUGCGGUGUGGUGGCUAGUUGUAGUUUUACAGUAGCCAGAUGUUGCGCCAUGCUCGAUUUAACCUCUUUUUGUAUUGUUACAGCCCAUAGUGCAGACUUUGAAAAUAGAUGAACUUGAAACCUGGGGCUCCCCGGAGGAGAGAGGUUAAGAGUUCGUUUUCUUGUUGGUCCUUCUCAGUAAUUACAGAGAAUCAAAUCUUAGUUCUGAAACAUUUCAGAUUCUCUCAGCAAUGGUGUCAUCUGGGAUCACGGGUAUCUGCUGAUUAAAUACACUCAGUGGCAUGGGUCAGCGCUUACUCACGGCUAUUCUGUCAAGAGAGCGUGAUGCUUACUGCAGACAGCAACGUUAUGGGCAAAUAUGUGCAUAAACAAUGUAGAUGUACAAGAAUACUAAGAAUUUUAACCAGAAGGGAAGAAGUCUCAAUCUUGAAGUGGGAGCUGAGGAUAUUGAAGGCUGGUCAUCACCUUGAGGGAGAAAGGAGAAGAAGAGGAAAAGGAGGUUGAUGCCAUGGAUUUUUCAGUGGCUUGGAGGGAAUUAGGACACUGCAAGCUCCCCUGGUCUGUCCUGGGUGCAAGCAAAUCCUUCUCAGUCAGCUGCCAUCAGAUAAACCCAAAAUCAGCUCUUCAGAUUGGUUCUAGUUCUCUGCCACGGACAUUACAAUCUUUUGUAUUCCACAGGUGUUGCAGUUGGAGGCGAACGAUCUUCUAGAAAGGAAGAAGUCGGGAUGCUGUGUGCGCAUACCAGGAUGCUCCUGCUGCGCUGCCCGCUGCUGCUGCUGCUGCUGCCGCUCAGCUCCAGACCCCAGAAGUUACCUACCAGAGAUGAGGAGCUCUUCCAAAUGCAGAUCCGGGACAAAGCGUUUUUUCAUGAUUCGUCAGUCAUCCCAGAUGGAGCUGAAAUUAGCAGCUACCUCUUCCGAGACACCCCUAAAAGGUAUUUCUUUGUGGUUGAAGAGGACAACACUCCCUUAGCAGUGACAGUGACCCCAUGCGAUGCCCCUCUGGAAUGGAAGCUGAGUGUGCAGGAGCUCCCAGAGGAAGCCAGUGGAGAAGGUUCAGGUGAACCAGAACCUCUUGAGCAACAGAAACAGCAGAUUACUAAUGAGGAAGGCACAGAACUGUUCUCUUACAAAGGCAAUGAUGUUGAGUACUUUGUGUCCUCUAGUUCCCCAUCUGGUUUGUACCAACUAGAUCUGCUGUCGACAGAGAAAGAUACACAUUUUAAAGUGUAUGCAACCACUACUCCAGAGUCAGACCAACCUUAUCCUGAAUUACCUUACGAUCCCAGAAUUGAUGUCACUUCUCUGGGACGUACAACCGUGACGCUGGCGUGGAAGCCAAGUCCCACUGCCUCCUUACUGAAACAGCCGAUUCAGUAUUGCAUAGUCAUCAAUAAGGAGCACAAUUUCAAAAGCCUCUGUGCUGUUGAAGCCAAGCUCAGUUCUGAUGAUGCCUUCAUGAUGGCUCCAAAACCAGGUCUGGAUUUCAGUCCAUUUGACUUUGCCCAUUUUGGCUUCCCCUCAGACAACAACUCUGGCAAAGAACGCGGUUUCCUAAAAUCAUCGUCAAAGUUUGGGCGCCAUACAUCCUCAAAGCCGAGAGUUGACCUGCACAAAGUUUGUAUCGGGAACAAGAACAUCUUCACAGUGUCUGACCUGAAGCCCGACACACAGUACUACUUUGACAUGUUCGCAGUGAAUACCAACACUAACAUGAGCACCGCGUACAUUGGCACCUUUGCCAGAACGAAGGAGGAGGCUAAACAGAAAACAGUCGAACUGAAGGACGGCAAGGUUACAGAUGUAUUCAUCAAGAGAAAGGGAGCCAAAUUUCUACGGUUUGCUCCUGUUUCAUCUCAUCAAAAAGUCACCUUCUCCAUUCAUUCAUGCCUGGAUGCUGUUCAGAUCCAAGUUAGAAGAGAUGGAAAACUUCUCUUGUCUCAAAACGUGGAGGGUGUGCGGCAGUUCCAGCUUCGAGGAAAAGCAAAAGCUAAAUAUCUCAUUAGGUUGAAAGGGAGCAAAAAAGGUGCUUCUGUGCUGAAGAUCCUGGCUACAACAAGGCCUAACAAACAAUCAUUUCCAUCUCUUCCUGAAGAUACACGAAUCAAAGCCUUUGACAAACUCCGCACAUGUUCUUCGGUCACGGUGGCGUGGCUGGGCACACAGGAGAGAAAUAAAUUCUGCAUCUACAAAAGGGAAGUGGAUGACCAUUACAAUGAAGAGCAGAAGAAAAGAGAGCAGAACCAGUGCUUGGGUCCAGAUACGAGGAAGAAAUCGGAAAAGGUUCUCUGUAAAUACUUCCACAGCCAGAACAUCCAGAAAGCAGUGACCACAGAGACAAUCCGAGGCCUGCAGCCUGGCAAGUCCUACCUGCUGGAUGUUUACGUGAUAGGGCAUGGUGGGCACUCUGUGAAAUAUCAGAGCAAAUUGGUGAAAACGAGGAAGUUCUGUUAGUGCCCGUGUACAUAGAAAUAUAUGGAACUCCAGUCCGAACAUUAUCCUACUUCCAAUAUAUGGAUUGACUACUUGCACAGCUGAGAAGUUGUGACCUGUAUUUGUACUGUGUAGAAAAGAUAUCAACUUGUAUAUUUAUGUUUACAUAAGUAAUUGUUCAGAGGAACUGAGGCUGGUGCUCUCUGGUAGCAUCUGGCAAUGGUAUUAUCAUGUGUCCGGUGACCCACAUGUGAUGCUCAGUAGAUGUCCAAGGUAGCGGGAAACCUCAAAGGAACUGGCACUCCUUUGCUUCCAUAUUGCAUGAACUGCUUCUAAAUUAUUUUAUACUUAAAAGGCUGAGAUACAUCAUUCGUCCACCUUGUUAUUCACACACCAAACCCACAGACAUACACCCUUUCUCUCAGUGUAGAUGGUAGGGUUUCUGUAAAUUGUUUUAUAGAGUCUUGUUUUAAAUGUUUAUGUUUCUAUGAUUGUAAACUAUUAAAAUCUUCCCCAAUAAAAUACAGAUCUAAACUAAGUAUUAACCGGGCUGCACAUGAAGCAGUUUCAUUGCUAAUGUAAAUUCUUACCUAGCUGAUUUUCAUGUUUAAAUACUGUAUGUAUUUCAUGUACAAAGUUGCCAUAACGUUAUAUUCCUGUACAUAAAAUUAAAAAUAUUAGAUUAUA